UCGUCGCCCCACUUCGCCUCCCCCAUUCUCCCCCGAACUCCAAAACGCCGGAUCGGGUCAAAGGCGCGGACCUAGGGUUUGGAUAAAACACUCGCCAUUACGCGGAUCCGGCGGGGAUCGAUCCGGGGGAAUCAGCCAUGAUGUCGAGGUCCUACACCAACCUGCUCGACCUUGCGGCGGGGAACUUCGCGGCGCUCGGCCCGGCCGGCGGCGGGAGGCGCCGGUCGGGGUCGUUCGGGUCGAGGCGGAUGCCGCGGGUCAUGACGGUGCCCGGCACGCUGUCGGAGCUGGACGACGAGGACGACGAGCGGGCCGCCACCAGCAGCGUCGCCUCCGAUGUGCCCUCCUCGGCCAUCUGCGAGCGCCUCAUCGUCGUCGCCAACCAGCUCCCUGUCGUCGCGCGCCGCCGCCCGGACGGCCGCGGCUGGGUCUUCUCCUGGGACGACGACUCGCUCCUCCUCCGCCUCCGCGACGGCGUCCCCGACGAGAUGGAGGUGCUCUUCAUCGGCACCCUCCGCGCCGACGUGCCCGCCGCCGAGCAGGAAGAGGUCUCGCAGACCCUCAUCGACGGCUUCCGCUGCGCCCCCGUCUUCCUCCCCGCCGACCUCUACGAUCGAUUUUACCAGAACUUCUGCAAGGGCUACCUCUGGCCGCUCUUCCAUUACAUGCUCCCCUACGCCGCCGCCCAAUCUCCCAGUGAGAACGGUGCAUCUGCCGGUGGUCGGUUUGAGCGCGCCUCAUGGGAGGCCUACGUCCUCGCCAACAAGCACUUCUUCGAGAAGAUUGUUGAGGUCAUCAACCCGGAGGACGACUAUGUUUGGGUCCAUGAUUACCACCUCAUGGCGCUGCCCACCUUCCUCCGCCGCCGCUUCAAUCGCCUCCGCAUCGGAUUCUUCCUCCACAGCCCAUUCCCCUCAUCAGAGAUAUACCGAUCCCUCCCUGUCAGAGAGGAGAUCCUCAGGACUAUGCUCAACUGUGAUCUCAUUGGAUUCCACACAUUCGAUUAUGCCAGGCACUUUCUGUCUUGCUGUAGUAGGAUGCUCGGGAUAGAGUACCAGUCAAAGCGUGGAUAUAUUGGUCUGGAUUACUAUGGUCGCACUGUUGGGAUCAAGAUCAUGCCAGUGGGAAUCCAUAUGGGUCAAUUGCAGUCAGUGCUGCGAUUACCUGAAAUGCAGCAGAAGGUUGCUGAGCUGCGGCAGCAAUUUGAGGGCAAGACUGUGUUGCUUGGUGUGGAUGACACGGAUAUCUUUAAAGGCAUCAAUCUGAAGCUUCUUGCAUUUGAGUAUAUGUUGAAGACACAUCCUAAGUGGCGGGGUAGGGCUGUGUUAGUACAGAUUGCUAACCCAGCGCGCGGGAAGGGAAAUGAUAUUGAGUCCAUUCGGGCUGAGAUUCAGGAUAGUUGUGAGAGGAUUAACAGGGAGUUUGGCCAGUCCGGGUACAGCCCAAUUGUUCUCAUUGACCGGAAUGUUCCAAGUGUGGAGAAGCUUGCAUAUUAUACAGUCGCUGAGUGUGUCGUGGUGACGGCUGUGAGGGAUGGGAUGAAUUUGACCCCAUAUGAGUACAUUGUCUGCCGACAGGGCAUACCUAGCUCUGAGUCUGCACCUGAGGUGAGUGGGCCACGCAAGAGCAUGCUAGUUGUCUCGGAAUUUAUUGGGUGCUCACCUUCACUGAGUGGUGCUAUUCGUAUUAACCCAUGGAAUGUUGAAUCAACGGCGGAGUCACUAAAUGAGGCCAUAUCAAUGUCAGAGCGUGACAAGGAGCUGAGGCACGAAAAACAUUACCGCUAUGUAAGCACACAUGAUGUUGCAUAUUGGUCAAGGAGCUUUAUCCAGGACCUGGAGAGGGCUUGCAAGGAUCAUUUCAGGAAGCCAUGUUGGGGCAUUGGAUUGGGAUUUGGAUUCAGGGUGGUGGCACUAGACCCAAAUUUCUCAAAGCUUAGUUUUGAUUCAAUUAUAAUGUCUUAUGGGAGAUCAAAGAGUAGAGCUAUAUUUCUUGACUAUGAUGGUACAUUGGUGCCACAGGCUUCUCUCUACCAGAAACCAAGUGAAGAAUUAGUAAGCAUCAUUAAUACCCUAUGCUCGGAUAAGAACAACAUCGUCUUUAUUGUCAGUGGAAGAAGCAAGAAUAGCUUGGGAUCAAUGUUCUCCUCAUGUCCAAUUCUAGGCAUCGCGGCAGAGCAUGGUUAUUUCUUAAGGUGGACUAGAGAUGAAGAAUGGCAAACCAGUACCCAGUCCCCAGAUAUUGGAUGGAUGCAAAUGGCCGAGCCAGUGAUGAAUCUUUAUACAGAAGCAACUGAUGGAUCCUACAUUGAAACCAAAGAAACUGCUUUGGUGUGGCACCAUAGGGAUGCUGACCAAGGCUUUGCGUCUUCUCAGGCAAAGGAGAUGCUUGAUCACCUGGAAAGUGUACUAGCAAAUGAAGCAGUCUCAGUCAAGAGCGGCCAGUUCAUUGUUGAAGUUAAACCUCAGGGUGUUAGUAAAGGUCUUAUAGCCGAGAAGAUACUUUUAUCAAUGAAGGAGAAAGGUCAACAGGCAGAUUUUGUUUUAUGCAUUGGUGAUGAUAGAUCUGAUGAGGAUAUGUUUGAAAAUAUUGCGGAUGCCAUGAAAAAGGGCAUUGUUGCUCCAAAAACACCACUGUUUGCAUGUACUGUGGGGCAGAAACCGAGCAAAGCCAAGUUCUAUCUGGACGAUACAUAUGAAGUAGUCAGUAUGCUGAGUGCACUAGCAGAAGUUUCAGAACCAGACCCAACGGCAGGCUUGACAGAUGACCUGGCUACAUCAGUCUCCUCAUUAGACAUCAGUGAUGAACAAAUACAGUUCAGUAAUACAAGGAUAGAAGGAUGUUAGCCUGGAACUGAAUCUGCAUACUAUGAUGCUCUGACUCACUAAAACUAUUUUCUUUGAUCCGAAGGGGUGGAGCAGUGGGCAAAUGACCCACAGCAGGGCAAAAACUAUCUUACAGGUCACAAUCAUUAAUUUCUUGGACUCAUGAUUCAUUGUAGAGAAGAAAAUGUGUUUCUCCUGGUGGACAAGGGAGUUAUAUAGUCUGAAGCUGCAAGGAGAGGGGUUACAUUCUGGUAGCUACAAUAGCCUCGUUCCUCGGUUGGUUACUGCAUUUCAAUGGGUUGGCUGCAAGAAGACUCAUAUGUGCAUAGCUGAUCUUUCGUGCUCCCAUGUUUCUCUUGUGUUCUCCGUGAUAUGGAGAAUAUUGGCGUUAAACCUGGGGAAAGGACAACUGUUGCAGCUUGUCUGUCGGCUUGAUUAACAAAAAGAUUGUAGUCAAGAAACCUAGUUUUUCUUUUCUUGUAAUGUUGCGCAGGUGUCUGAAUAUCAAGGAUGAGAUUCAAAUGAUAAUUUGACAGAGUUAUGUGCACCCUUA